AUGGCCGAAGAGAAGACAGUUUGUGCUGUCAUGGAAUACUCAAAUAAUCUCCCACCGGAGAUAAUCGAAAUUGUGCUGUUAAAAUUACCGGUUAAGUCUCUGCUUCGAUUCAAAACAGUUUGUACGUCAUGGAAUACUAUAAUCUCCGAUCCCGUAUUUACCCGUAUUCAUCUCGAAAACUCGAACAACUCCCCCAAUAAUAACGAUAAUCUCUUCAUAACUGAAAAAGGAGAUACUGAAAGAGGGUUUUCUUUGUUUAAAUUGGAAGGUGGAAAACUCCACGCCGAUCGAGUAUCGGAAAACCCUAGUGGCAACAUGGUAAUUUUAUGCGAAUGUAACGGCGUGCUACUCUUGAGGGACUCGUCGGGCGGCGUAAACAACACCAGUAAUUACGUGCUGUGGAAUCCGUCGACUCGGAGAGUGAGGUGUUUCAAUGACCCGUACGGUUCUACAGUGAACUACGGGUUGUGUUACGAUCCGAUAACGGAUGAUUUCAAGGUCGUUGUCAUGAAACGGAGUUCUUACUCAAUCUUUUCGUGUAAUAGCGAUUCCUGGACGGAAGUGGAAGAGAGUCGAAGCUACGAUUCCGUUGGCUGGUCGGGAGUAUUCGCUGACGGAGCUCUCUAUUGGCUCUUUUGUUUCGAAAUGGCGCGUUUCGAUCCCGAAACAGACGAGCUCGAGGCGUUGCGGAAGCCCGAACAGCUGGGAGAUUAUGACGAAUUUAGCCUCGGUCGUUUGAGGGGCCGCCUGUGUUUGUACUGCAACAAUACUGGAGACGACGAGAGAGGAAUUCGAAUCUGGAUAAAGGAAAAGAAUUCUAACGAUUGGGAGGCGUUUGUUGCCAUUGAGAAUGUGCCGACGGAUCCCGUUAGGUCUAUUAAAUUCCUACAUUUUGUCGGAAAUAAGAUUUUAAUCGGGUUAUUUUGCACAAGCUUCGGAUUGUACUAUAGCCCUUCCGAAAAGACGGUUGAGAAAAUUAUUGCAGAUUGCGGUAUGGAUCUAUGUAGACUCGUUCCGUAUCGGAAUAGUCUGUGUUUUCCAGCUGUCAAGACAAAGACGAUUACUCGUUACUAUGUCGGAGUGAUGAGUUUUUGUUCAGUUAUGCUCAGUUUUCUAGAGUCUGUCAACUGCACUCAGGAAAAUUGA